AUGCAGAUGUACCUCCCAUUUUGUGGUAUUGCCAUAUCCAAUGCUCAAAUUUUUGCUGCCUCAAGAAAGGAAUAUGACAGAAGUCGGGCUUUGCUGGAGGUCGUGAAUGACCUGUUUGAGGAACAAACAGACCUGGAGAAGGUUGUCAAGAAAAUUAUGCAUCGGGCUCAGACAUUGCUGAAGUGUGAACGCUGCUCUGUGCUGCUUCUGGAGGACAUUGAGUCACCAGUGGUGAAAUUCACCAAAUCAUUUGAGCUGCUAUCCCCCAAAUGCAGUGCUGAUGCAGAGAGCAGUUUCAAAGACAGCCUGGAGAAGUCUUCGUAUUCUGACUGGUUAAUAAAUAACAGCAUUGCAGAACUAGUUGCAUCAACGGGUCUUCCAGUAAAUAUAAGUGACGCAUAUCAGGAUCCUCGCUUUGAUGCAGAGGCUGACCAAUUUUCUGGCUUUCAUAUCAGAUCUGUGCUAUGUGUGCCAAUAUGGAAUAGCAACCAUCAGAUAAUAGGUGUGGCACAAGUAUUGAAUAGACUAGACGGAAAGCCGUUUGAUGAUGCAGAUCAAAGACUGUUCGAGGCUUUUGUUAUAUUUUGUGGCCUUGGUAUUAACAACACGAUUAUGUAUGACCAAGUAAAGAAAUCAUGGGCAAAGCAGUCAGUCGCUUUGGAUGUCCUUUCCUAUCAUGCAACAUGCUCAAAAGCUGAAGUUGAUAAAUUUAAGGCAGCCAACAUCCCCUUGGUGUCAGAACUUGCCAUCGAUGACAUCCAUUUUGAUGACUUCUCCCUGGACGUUGACGAGAUGAUUACAGCAGCCCUGAGAAUGUUCAUGGAGUUGGGAAUGGUUCAGAAGUUUAAAAUUGAUUACGAGACCUUGUGCAGGUGGCUGCUGACAGUGAGGAAGAAUUAUCGAAUGGUUCUCUAUCACAACUGGCGGCAUGCCUUCAAUGUGUGCCAGCUGAUGUUUGCCAUGUUAACUACUGCAGGAUUCCAGGAGAUUCUGACCGAUACUGAGAUUUUGGCUGUGAUCGUAGGUUGCCUGUGUCACGACCUUGACCACAGAGGAACCAACAAUGCCUUCCAAGCCAAGAGUGGCUCAGCGUUGUCUCAACUCUACGGAACAUCUGCCACUUUGGAGCACCAUCAUUUUAACCAUGCUGUCAUGAUUCUUCAGAGUGAGGGGCACAACAUUUUCUCCAACCUGUCAUCGCACCAGUACAGCGACCUCAUGCAGCUUCUGAAGCAGUCCAUCCUCGCCACGGAUAUCACACUUCAUUUUGAGAGACGAAAUGAGUUUUUCGGACUGGUCAGUAAAGGAGACUACAACUGGAAUGUUAAAAAUCACAGAGAUAUAUUUAGAUCAAUGCUAAUGACAGCAUGUGACCUUGGCGCUGCAACUAAACCAUGGGAGACCUCAAGACAGGUAGCGGAAUUAGUGACCAGCGAGUUCUUUGAGCAAGGAGACCGGGAACGAGCAGAGCUCAAGUUGACUCCUUCAGCCAUUUUUGACCGUAAUAGGAAAGACGAACUUCCUAGAUUGCAGUUAGAAUGGAUAGACAACAUUUGUUUCCCUUUGUAUGAGACUCUAGUGAAAAUUAAUGGGAAGCUUAAGCCAAUGCUGGACUCGGUGAUCGUAAAUCGUGCCAAAUGGGAUGACAUGCACCAAAAAAGACUGCCAUCCCAAGAAAGCAAUGCCUCCUUCCCUACACCAGCUUCCUCACCCCAACCAGCUACAGAGUGUCUGCUGAAGACAUAAGCUUGCAAGUGAGCCGCUGC